AUGCUGUCCCUCAAGUGGAUUCUCCUCUUCUGUCUUUGCUUCUUCAGCAAUGUAGAAGCGAUACCUCGCAUCCUGACUCCAGACAUCGGAGUCUUCGUGGGUGCAGCGGGCGCAGUCGGCUUCGCGGGCCUUGUAGGUUGGAAUCUCCUAAGACCCUCAAAGACCGGGAAUAUCCCAGUACAAUCCCAUAGAGACAGAGUCACGUUCAGCGGUUCCAGUUUAUUACCGAUGCCAACGGCUACACCCACGGGUUUUGAAGCGCCCAGCAUUGUCAAGACAGUCGUAUCGAAAGGCAGCACAGAUGUGGUUCCACAGUCGAUGUGUCGUUCCGCUGUCCCAAUGACACGAUUCUUCGAGGUUGAAGCAUGGAGCAAUGGCACCAUAAUCUACAUUGAAGAGAUCGCUGGGCUCCGAGUUGGGGACCUCAACAACAGAUAUUCAAACGGCUCUGUCUCUGCGAUGAAAGAGACUUUCACCCUUUCCGAAGAGCUCGAAGAGGACAACAGUCAGGCUAGCGGUGUUUCCUGGAGCAUAAACAUCCCUGAACCUCAACCGCCUGCGCUCAAUGUGUCCUCUUCACCGUGGGAGCUUGCCUGGAUCUUUUUAAAUGUGCAUGCAGACAGAAAGUUGAGGCCAGUCAUCGAGUCUGCCAGAAGAGACUUCUUUAUCGUCCUAGACUUCUUGAACAAAGCGCUCACUCUGAUCCUGAAACUGGUAUCAACUCAUCCAGCAAGGGCCGUAUUUAUUCUGGUCGGCGUUCCACUGGUGACCAAGUUCGGUUCUGCGGUGGCAAGGAGAGGCCUCAUAAUGCUGUCCCUCUAUGCUCCUCUCAUUAUCCUCCUUCUGCAAGACAAUUUAGACAGAUAUAUCGGGUGGUAUGCAGGGAGAGAAGAAGAACCAGAGCUCAACACCGAGGUUGCUACUGAGCCUCUGCCUGUUGAAGAGCAAGUGUCUACCCCCGAAUUGCAAACGGAAGCUCCACUGGACUUGACCCCAGCAGGUGAUGAAGAAGACAGUCUCCCCGGGGAGUUUUUUGAUGCAGCGGAGCGUGAUAAUGAGGAGAGCCUCCCCGGAGAGUUCCUCGAUUCCGCAGAACACUUACCAUCGUUAGGACCAGUGGAAGCCUCUCCGCUAACUUGUGAUCCUGAGAAUUAUAAAGCCACUGGAAUCUUCAAAGCGCCGCCAGCGUCAAAGGUAUCGCAGCUAUCGCCUUCCCGGAAGACAAGUAUUAGACAGCGGACCGAUGAGAAUCAAAUGCAUGGACGUCUCCUCCGUGACCAAUUGUUUGGCAGACGCUGGAAAGACUCUACCUCAACAGCUGCCCAGGGGCUGGAAGACCUCAGUUCCAGGAAAGCGCUGGAAGAACAGGCCGAGCCUUCACACCUGCAGAAACCAGGAGUUCCGACUGAGAGUCACGAUCAGCUCCAACCAGCUCAUCUGGUCGCAGAGGAAUCUGAAUGCACUGUUACUCUCGAAUCCGAGCAAGUGCCUUCCCCACAAUCGAGCUCGAGCAUCAUGCCUUGUUCAACAGACAUUCCCAUGUUCCAACAGUCGCACGGGAACGAACCUGUAGAGAGACAGCUCGAGUCAACUGUCUCCGACAAGCAUGACGACGUGACGUCCAGAUCCUUCCCCACUGGGAUAUAUAACGAUACUGUGUCGACAGAGACUGAGUCUUCCUUUCACUCCGGUUUACAUCAUGGUCCCAUGCCGCAACCUGGGCAAGGGCAACCUGCCAUGUAUGCUUCCGAACCCACUUCUCCAGAAGGCGAAAGCAUCAUCUUGCCUUCUGAGACCGUCCAUUCUCCCACGCAUUCAAAUAUUUCGUCGAUUCCUACGGAGGACGACAAGAAGAUCGAGGAUGACAAGGACGAGAACGGCAGUCCACAGGGCCCUGGUCCAUCAACACGCAUACUAGAAGCAAUUCCAGAAGAGGAACAGCCCGAGGAGAGCACAGACAACUCUCUUCACAACAACGAUGGCAAUAGCAACGACCAAGCAUGCCGCAAAGGAUCGACCAGUAAAAACCCGCUCUCCCCGACCAGAUUUGGCAGUGCCGGCGGAGUUGCGUACGACUUUGGCUCUGCCCUGGCUACCGCACAAGAAAGACUGAAGGAAUUAACUCGACCUUCUAUUCGAGGGACCGAUGGUGCCUCUGGAGCCACUGGCGACUGCACCGACUGUGGCACCACUGAAUUUGGCUACUUGCUCGAUUCAAACGCCCCUGUCUCGACUCCGUCAAAGCAGCCAAUUGUCGACGUGUUCAAUGGUACAGGCGGUGGUCGUCGCGGUGGACUCCGGAGCCAGACACAAGCAGUAGGUACAGCGGCUAGUCGGUCUGAACGUGGCCGUGGGGUCACCUUUGCAACAGAAUCUGACGGAUCAGUCGUCAACCAGACGUACUACUUCCAGAUAGAGGAGGCGCCUGUAGCAUUGCGAGACUCGAUGGUCGUAGAUGCACAAGGACAACAAGCCACUGGCGUUCAAGUUUCGACCGAGCAACCGCCCGCGGCAUUGCCGGACUCAAUGCUUGUAGAUGCGCAAGGACAACAAGCCACAGGCGUUCAAGUUUCGACAGAGCAACCGCCUUCGGUCGUUUCUGCAUCUGCUGGCGAGCAACAACCAUUCAACUUCGUUGCACCAGAUCCCGCCCCCGGAUAUAAAACUCAAGCAGAAGAGGAGCCCCAUGUUGCGUCUCAAGUCACCCCUGCUUUCUUCUCGGCCUUGGAUUCCUGGAGCCGCAUGCCUGCCGACUACCGAACGCAAGCUCUUGCAGAGUGGGCAUUGGGACCUCAGAUCUUACCCCCUGUUGCCAACACGGCGGAGCCAGAGCCUAUUGAAGCGGCAGAGGCUGCGGCAGAGGCCGAGCCUUCCCAAUCUGUGCCACACCUGGUGAACACCGAUGAGAUCUUGUCGGCCUCGAUGUCUGGACUAUUUCUGGGGCAGGAUCCAGUGAAUAUGGAUUAUGAACACGACGGCCCUGCACACGAAGUUCCAUUUGCACAACAAGUUUCUCAGGGUCCCCCUGUGUCACCGCAGUCCGCAGUUCAAGAACAGGCUGCUGCAAUCGCGCUAGGAUACAGGCCUGCACAUCCGGUUAGCAUGGAUAGUCAGCAGCACGACUCUGCAGCUUCGCACCAACCUAGGUCGCUGGAAGCCCAAGCUCAUCCGGUGGAAAUGCGGGACGAGUACAUGGCAGAUGUGGCCGCGGUUUCCGCAUUCGAUAAAGGUUCAACAUCCGACACUCCCCAGGCCAGCAGUACCCCUGCUUAUCCGUCGAUAUUCCCACAAUCGCAGGGCGACGGCUUUCCUCACUCCCCACUUCCUGGUUUAGACUUCUAUCAACAAGCGGACCUGGAAGCUGAACGGCGUCAGAGAGAUGAAUUCCGUCACUUACCCCAACGCAACCGGGCCACUCAAUACAGAGGAUCUGACCGAAAACCCUUGCCAAUGGAGUCUGUACGUUUCCGAUGCGAGCCUUCACAGCGAAGUGUGUUUCUUAGAGACUCUUCUCAGCAGACUCCGCAUAAGGGUCCACCUCAGCCCGCAGAGACCCUCUUGUCGAACAUGAGUAACGCGGCGACUCCACAGAAUCCAGGCAAUCAGGCUUUCCAAAGUAGCGACAUCCCAGCGGGUGGGACACAGUCCCAAGUCAGAGCAGCCGAAACGGGACAAGAUAGUCAACACUCGACGCCAAGCCGUGGCUCUAAGGACGAUGCCCAAAAAGAAAGCGACGCGACGGUUGAUGACCUUUCAUUUGAGGAAGAAGAUAUCCAGAACCAAAGCGGAAGGGUCAGUCAAUUCCCUCCACUUGAAGACGACGUCGCAGGACACGCAGUCACAGACUCAGGCUCGGAAGCCGAAUUCAUUGCGGAAGGCCAAGGAGAUUCUCUGGACGAUGAGUUCGACGCUGCCCAACUUGCAUACUUUCGACUAAGAGAAGAGUGUGAAGCGCAGCGCCGGCAGAUGGAAGAGGAAAGAGGCAAUGCCCAUCCUGCUAGUGGUGAACAAGAUCUGGAUGAAGACGAAGAGAGUGAGAGUGAAGAGGAAUCGGACGAAGAGGGGAGAGAGGACCCUUGGGGCGAAGACGACGAAGACGAAGACGAAGACGAAGAAGAAGAACAAGACAAUCACGGCGACGGAGGAGACGAGCACGGUGGCAGUGGAGGAUCCCAACAAGAACAAAGGCCGAGCGAUAUUGAGGACUUCGAUGACCGCGACGAGGAUGAAAAACACGAUGAAGACUGGAGUGAGGACGCCUUACUGGGCGAAGAAGACGGCUUCCCUUGCAGGGACCGAAUUUUUCGUGAGCUCAGCCGACUAGAGCAAAAGGUCCCCCAGCCUUUCGAGAUACCCGAACCAACGCGAAUAUUCGUCAACCGCAAGCAAGCCUACGUCCAUGCAUCGGUGGCCAAACACAUCUGGUGGUGUGUCACGGCGCAAGGCAGAGAAUGGUUGUUCAAUAAUUGGGAUGGUAUCAGAAAAUCACAUGGUUGGGACAUGAUAGAACGUUGCCAAGAGACUGUCGACAGGCAUGAGGAGGUGGAGGCCCAGCGGGAAGCGCAGUAUUGA